AUGAGUGCAGUUGACGAUACAACACAACUAUCUCAAGCGAUUACACAUGGUGCUUUGAGUUUCUUUCUAAAUAAUCCGUUAGCUCCUCAACGAGGCGAACGUUCACGAAUGGACACAUAUGUUAGUGAUCUAAGCACACAUAUUAUUAAAGACGCUAGCAAAACGGUAAGUGCACAGAAUGAUCAUCAGACUCCACUGGAAGGUACGCUGACUGUUUCCGAAAAAUUUGACCAUUCACUGACAAACCAUGAGUUUACUCAUGAUGGUGUUCGGUCUCGAUCAGGUGAUGAAAUCAGUAACGAAUCGGAUUCUUUACCGAAAAAUCCAACAAACGACAUCGUACGAUCGUUGAGUGAGUCAGCUAUUGUCAAUCAUCAAAUUAUACACGAACAAUCAUUACCGAUUCGUCAAGAUGAAAACUCAUCCGAUAGCGAGGAAGUAUAUGGUAUAGAAACAGCACCCAUGAAUGUAUCUGGUCAUGCUAAUGAUAAUCAAUCUGAAGAAGAGAAUCCUAUAAAUAACUCAUUGCAUGACGAUGAUCAUGAGAAAUUUGAGAUAAAGACAGGAUCUGUUGAUGAUAAUUCUUCAUCAUCAGCCGUUAUUAAACAAGAUAAUCUUGAUGAAAUAAUACGGUUUCGAGCAAUUCAUACAUUACCUGAAGAAACAUCAACAUCUACACACUCACCUGAUCAGACUGACCAUAAUCUUGAAAGUCCUCAGCGUAAUAUAUCAUUAAUUAAUCAUUCAAGAUCAUCGGUACUCGAUGAUUCACAAUUAAAUGAAGAAAAUUGUCAAGAAAAAUCUUUAAACGAGCAUCAUUCGACGGAAUUGGAUGACAAUCAUCUAAAAAAUCCAUUGCUAAAACAAUGUUAUUCAUUGGAAUCAUCAAAAGAAAACAUAAGCAGCAUCAAUCACCAACAGUCAACUCGACCUAAUAGCAGCCAUUCAAGUCGUCUUUUAACACCAAACAACGAGUUGACGCAUAGUCCCUCGACUGAACAACUGCAAAUACCAUCAAAUGAAUUCAUUAAUGAACGAGUUAACAGUCCACCUCCAACAACAGUACGAGAGAUUCGAUCUAUUAUGUUAUUCAAUCCAUUAUUAAAAUACAGCUUCACCGGUACAGAACAAGAUCAAACUAGAUCACCGAGUGAGAUGAGUCGUAAAAGUUCAAUGGCGAGUGUAGUUGGUAAUGAGAGAGUCAUCGAAGACGAUAUUGCGUUAUCCAAUAAUCGACGAGAAAGUGAUGAUAAUAGGAAACCAUUAGAAACUAUUGAUUCACAAUCGGUCAGUGAACAUGAUGAUAAAAGCAAAGAGUCAACAGAACCGACAUCUCAUAGUCGUCGAGGAAGUAAUUCUGAGCUCCAUAAUGAUGUAUUAGACAAUACUCAACGAAAACAACCCAGUCGGGAAGGAAGUACCAUUGUUGAGCAAGAAAUCUUCAAUAAACAAGAAAGUCUUAUUCUGGAAUCAAAAGUAUCUGACAAACAGACAAAUGACCAACGAAAGAAUAGUACAGAUUUCAAACAACAAAUUACUCCCACAGAAAAACAGAAAUCACCCAUACGUCGAAUAAGUGAUACUCAGACGAGUUCGAUUAAACAUCAAGAUUCAACCUCGUUAAGUAAUGGCAACACUCGAACAGCAUCUAGUAAACAUAAACAAGAAUCUACACCAACGACAGGAAAUAGCACAAAAUAUCGAAGAUUAUCACCGCCACCACAACGGCGUUUGGAAGACCGAUCAAAACGACAUUCACGCUUAUACACCGAUGAAACUACGGUUACACCCAUGGUUACAAACCCUUCGAAAUCUGGUCUACAAAAUCGAAAACGCACAUCUGCAACGGGUUCGGACUUCGAUCGGCAAAUGCCAUCGAAACUACCUUCAGUUAUAUCUUCUCCUCAACGAGAAAAACUCAACCGUUCUGAGACAUCCAAUACAAAGCUAGCACCGCUUCUGUCUGAUGGUUCGAGAUCAAACAAAUACACUUCCUCAUCGCCCAGCGAAGAUGAAUCAUCCACUCGAGGCUGGAUGAAACAUGCAAGUAUUCCUUCAAUACAUUUCAGUAAUGGCAAGCAAUCAGUAAGAAGUCAGGAAAAAGGUAAACAAGGUCAUCCACCACGACGAAGUGCUAGUUUGAACUCAUCGACACAUAUUCCUCUCAUUGAUGAUAAAUCGCUCGAUUCAACAUCAGCUAGAAACACUGAUCCUGAUGGACAAAAUACUAAACCAAGAACGAAUGAGGCCCAUAAAAAACAAAACUCAACUUUUUCCUCUAAACAACCGCGACAACAAAGUUCCUCUGAUGAAUUAGAACCGAAACGUCAAAAACCAUUGAAAGCGACAAAACCAAUAUCGGAACAUCUUCAUUCUACCCGUCGUCGAACAUCAAAUCGAGAAUCAUUAUCUAACACAUACGAUCGAUGUACAGCUACAGAAUUGAGUGGUUCUCAUCAAGAUAAAGAUCCUGUCAACGUGAAUAUCACUCUCGUUGUUAAAAAACUUUCCGACGGUGAAAAUUCUUACACAACAACAGCUGAAGCAUUUGUCAAUCAAGAGCAUCCGCCUACACCAAAUAAGAAACAUUCGAAACAACGUUCUAAAUCGGUUGGGCAUCAUGAUCACGAUGUACAGCAGACAACUAUAGAGAAACCGACGAAACAUCGUCCACCAAAACAUGUCUCCCGAACGUGUCAAACAUAUGAAUGCGUUUUUCGAAGAAUGGAACGUGAACGGCAAACAGAAUCGCGGCGAUUAAGCGCUUCGGAAAAGUUGAACCAGCAGCGAAAGUCUCAACUACGUUCAAGAACGAUGUCACCAAAAAAAUACCUUUCUCCAUACUUAACUGCUGAUCCGUUCAGAAUUGAAGAAAUACUUCGAAAACAGUAUUAUCAAUCUCGAAAAAAUCUAUCGAAAUCAUCACCGCUUGUUCGUAAUGCAUCUCCACGAGGAGGAAAACUAAUGAUUAUUCGACCGACGCUACCCUUUCAUUACGCAGAUGCCGUUGACGUUCAACGUAUAUGUCUUCAAUAUGCGAUCGAUCUAGUUCCACAAAAUCCCAAAUCAAAUCAUCGGAGCAUAUCAACUACUACGACAAAUGUGUCAAACAAAACACCUUCAAAUUACAAGGGUCAACGAGCAAAUCAGAAUAUGGCUUCGAAAAAAACUUGA